AUGGCCUCAUUACUCGGUACAGGCUACGAGUCUAGUGAUGAUGACACUGUCCCUAUCCAAGGUGCAGCACCCUCUGCGACCAAGAUUGUCGCGGCCCCCGAAGUGAACACAGAGGACCAAGCACAUAUGCAGAUGAUGCUCGCUAAUACCUCGUCAACCGCCCUCACCUACAACGCAACCUAUGAUGAUCUCUCACGGCCCACGCAGGGCCCCUCGAACCCCUUCAAGCCUGACGGGCCCGCCAAUGGCCUCAAGCGGAAAAAUGUGCCGACCGGGUUCGCCCAGGAGGCGGCCAUCAGCGAGGCCACCUUCACCACGCAGCAUCGCACCUUUCAAAGUCUGGGAUACACGCGCAACCCGGGCCUCCCAGGCCAGUUUGUCGGCAACUUGGACCAGGCCGCGCAGUUUGGCGGGCGCGAUGUCGUGCAGAUGAAACCGUCCAAAGCGGCGUCGGCGGCACUCCGGGCCAAACGACAGAAGAAGGGCGAUCCCAGCAUCGUGGAAGGCGCGGGCGCAUAUCUCGGGCCGUGGGCGAAGUACCAAGAUGACGACCAUGUGUACGAUGAGGAGGUGGCGCUGGCGGGCCGUGAGCUCGCCAGUGAUGAAGAGUAUGUGGAGGAGGAAAUCGUCCCGGCUCGCAUGCCAGCCAUGAACAAGGAGGCGACAGAUUACCGGGACGACUCGUCAAAGGUUGAAACCAGCGAAUUCCACGGCACAGAGCAGUUCGACUACCAGGGUCGGACGUAUAUGCACGUCCCGCAGGACCUGGACGUCGAUCUGAAGAAGGAGGUGGGAAGCAUCAAGAAUUACGUGCCCAAGAAACUUAUCCACACCUGGAAAUCCCACACCAAGGCCAUCACCUCUCUGCGGUUCUUCCCCCACUCGGGCCAUCUUCUCCUGUCGUCGGCGGCGGACGGCAAGGCCAAGAUCUGGGACGUGUACCAUCAGCGCGAGCUCCUGCGCACCUUCUCGGGCCACUCCAAGGCCAUCACCGACACGGACUUCCAUCCUACCGGGAAGACUUUCAUCACGGCGUCGUACGACCGCCAGAUCAAGCUCUGGGACACCGAGUACGGCAAGUGCCUGGGUCGGUUCUCGACGGGGAAGACGCCGCACGUCGUGCGAUUCAACCCCAAUCCUGAGCUCUCGCACGAGUUCCUGGCCGGUAUGUCGGACAAGAAGAUCGUGCAGUUCGACACCCGCUCGGGCGAGCUCGUGCAGGAAUACGACCACCAUCUGGCGGCCAUUAACACCAUCACCUUCGUCGACGAUAACCGUCGCUUCAUCUCCACCUCGGACGACAAGUCGCUGCGCGCCUGGGAAUACGGCAUCCCCGUCCCCAUCAAAUUUAUCGCCGAGCCCUACAUGUUCGCCCUCACGCGGGCUGCCCCCCAUCCUAAUGGCAAAUACGUCGCCUUCCAGUCCGGCGACAACCAGAUCGUCGUCUACGGCGCCACCGACAAGUUCCGCCAGAACCGAAAGAAGCUCUUCCGCGGUCACAACAACGCCGGCUACGCCAUCGAUCUCAAAAUCUCCCCCGACGGUCAGUUCAUCUCCUCCGGCGACAGUGGCGGCUAUGUCUGUUUCUGGGACUGGAAGACCAGUAAAAUGUACCAUAAGAUCCAGGCCGGUGGGAAAGAAGGUGGUGCCACUACCUGUCUGGACUGGCAUCCUCAGGAGACUAGUAAAGUUGUCACCGGUGGGCUGGAUGGUGUUAUUAGAUAUUGGGAUUGA